GUUUUCCAAAAAAGGAUGGGUAUAUUUUAUUUUGGGUUUCAUGAAAUAAAGUUGUAAACUUCGACCUGAGAACGCUGUGGCCACAGGGUGGCGCUGUUUCACAGACUAACGCUGUUCACUAAUUCCCCAAAGAGUCUCAUUAAUUGGGUUUUUCUUUUCCAGUAAAGAGCAUACAGUCCAUGGUAAAGAGACUCUUCCUUUCUUUGAGCGUCAGUUUGUUUGGGAUUUGUUUUUCGCUUUGGAUAUCGCAUCACAUCCCUCUCCAGUUUGGCUCCAGCAGGGGACUUAACGGUGUCCUCCCAUGGUUGUGUGGAGGGAGUGGUGAAGGGGAAAUAAAGAUGCUGUGUGUGUUGAUCUACUGUAGCAGGCAGUAUGUUGCCACCUGUGAAGAAGGACAGGGUUAUAACUCAGCUCCCAAAGUGUUUUAGUCCAAAUGCAGCCCUGCACACCAAAGAUGGCUUCCACCCUCAGGUGAAAGCUGUUUGCCAGGUACAGAAGCCUGGCACUGUGAGCUUUAACAUCGCCAAGGUGAUCGUAGUGGGAGAUGUGUCGGUUGGAAAAACGUGUCUGAUCAGCAGGUUUCGUAAAGGUGCGUUUGAAAAGAACUACAAAGCAACCAUUGGUGUGGAUUUUGAGAUGGAGCGUUUUGAAGUGCUCGGUGUCCCCUUCAGUUUACAGCUGUGGGACACGGCCGGUCAGGAGCGAUUCAAAUGCAUCGCCUCGACAUAUUACAGAGGAGCUCAAGCCAUCAUAGUGGUGUUCGACCUUAGCAGUGUGAGCUCCUUAGUACAUGCCAGACAGUGGCUGGAGGACGCCAUGAAGGAAAAUGACCCAUCCAGUGUUUUACUGUUCCUUGUUGGCACCAAGAAGGACCUCAGUUCUCCUGAUCAGCUGGCUCGCACCGAGCAUGAAGCCAUCAGACUCUCAGAGGAAAUCAAAGCAGAGUACUGGGCUGUGUCUGCGAAGUCAGGAGAUGGCGUCAGGGAUUUCUUCUUCCGCGUGGCUUCUCUGACUUUUGAGGCCAACAUUUUGUCUGAGCUGGAGAAAAAUGGCUCGAGGCAGUUUGGAGACAUUAUCAGGCUCACAGACAACACGGACGACAACCUCAAACCCAGCAGGAGGAAGUCCAACUGCUGCUGAGAGACCAACUACAGCCCAGACAACAAUAUGGACUCCCUCUGCCCUGAUCUGACCCUUCAACAACGACAUAAAGUAUUUGUAGUUCCUGUAAACGUUCUGAGAUGGAGUUAGUUGUAGGAUUCACAGAAUGAAGCCAAGGCUGUAAACAAGCAGAAAUCCUCUCAGGAAUGUUUGUGCAACAAAUAAAGCUUUGUGAUGUGCUCAGUAAACAUUUAUGAAAAGAGGACUAUUAUUCUCCUCUAGAUCUUUUAUUAAAUUGUACUCCGUGUACGCCGCCAUAAUCACGUGUCUGUGUCUUUAAGGAACAUAUUUUUUCCUAUGAGUAAAUGUUUGUACCAUGCCUGAUGCAUUUCUUUUGGUCGGUUUCCUCGCUGGUCUCCUGUCAUGUGGCUGCUGCUGCUAAUGUGAUGCGUACGCCGACUCCCAUGACCGCCGUCACACCCACAAGUCGUCCUUCUCUUCCGACAAGUUCUCAUGAUCCUGAAAAUGGAGGGAUUGUUCGCAGGGACAUGAACAAGCAGACAUCUGAAGCUAAUUGAUUUUCUGUCUCAUGAAGUCGGACAGAAGGAAGUUUGUCUGCAGAGUCUGCACAUGUCCUUCAGUUUCUAGUAAAAUAUACACUUGUGUUAUGGCGUAGAGGAAGUAAAGUGUAAAUAAAGUGUUUUUGAUGAUUAAAUGUA